AAAUCUCCCUCUCCCCAUCUCCCUCCUCUCUCUCUCUAAAAAGUAAAAACUCAGCCACGAAUCUUCCAUGAUCAACCAAGUGUAAACCCAUCACCCUUCUCUCUCUAUACAGACUCUCACUCGCCGGCAAAAUGGGAAACGGCGUCGGGAAACUAAACCUCUGCUUCGCCUGCGACGCCGGCGUGAUCUCACGCCGCCACGACUUCUCCAUCUACCUCUCCGACCCGCUCGACGAGGGCCUGGGCCACUCCUUCUGCUACUUCCGCUCCGACCCUGCCCGCUCCUUCCCCGACAAAACGACGCCGUUCAAGUCCAUCUCCGGCGCAUCCCUCAGCGCCAACACCUCCACGCCUCUCUCCACUGCGCCGUUCCAACCAAACUCCUCUGUGGACAAAGCGUCGUCCUUUGACAGCUCAGAAUCCUUCGCAUCCAUCCCCCUCCAGCCCAUCCCUCGCAACUCGAGCCCCGCCGUCCGGUCCGGCCCGAUCCUCAGAACCCCCGGGCUAGGGUUCGGGUCGGGCCCGAUUGAGCGGGGGUUCCUGUCGGGCCCAAUCGAGCGGAGCUUCGUCUCGGGCCCGUUCGAGAACCAGUACGACCAAAUCCAGAGGUAUAAACCUAACUCCAAGAAAUGGGGUUUGAUGAAAAAUCUAAAAAAGGCCCUUAGAAAAUCUCUGCCUCUGAACAAAAAGGAAAAUACUAAGGUGGGUUGUGAUAAUAACAAUAGGUUGAGUAUUGAGGGGAGUUUGGUUGAUGAUUGUUGUGAUGAGUCUUUGGAGAAUACUAAUGUGCAGUGGGCACAGGGGAAGGCCGGUGAGGACCGGGUUCACAUCGCUAUUUCGGAGGAGAGCGGAUGGGUUUUUGUUGGGAUCUAUGACGGGUUUAACGGCCCGGAUGCGACUGAUUUCUUGCUUAAUAAUCUCUAUGCUAACGUUCACAAGGAGCUCCAGGAAUUGCUUACUAAUAACAGUAAGACCGAAUCGGAACACGAAAGGGAAUUGAUGUUGGAGGGUGAUGAGUUGAUCGGGCACCACCAUGCGGUCGACAAAAGUUUGCCAGGAGAGGAUUACCCGCGUAGUGUUGUUGAGGGAUCGAAUGAGGAUUUCGAUUCGAGGAGGAAGAGGCGGAGGAAGUCGAGGAACAGGACCGGAGGGGCAGGGAAGAAGUGGGAGGAGAGUAAUAAGUGGAAAUGGGAGUGCGAAUGCGAUGGGGAAAGACUGGAGCUCGAUGGGAUGCUGAAGGACGACGGGGCGGCUGGAGUGAACCACUCUGAAGUUUUGAAAGCGCUCUCCGAAGCCAUGAGGAAGACAGAGGCAUCGUUUUUGGAGAUUGCAGAUCUUAUGCUGAAGGAGAAUCCCGAGUUGUCUCUGAUGGGCUCUUGCGUUUUGGUGAUGUUGAUGAAAGGGGAGGAUGUGUACUUGAUGAAUGUGGGGGAUAGCCGGGCUGUUCUGGCGAGGAAGGCCGAGGCUGAUCUUGGGAUUGGCAAGGCGCGCAAGGAUUUGGAGAGGAUCAACGAGGAAACUUUGAACGAAGAUCUUCCGACGUUUGAUUGCAAUGGACUUGAUGACGGUGGUGCGAAUUUAGCUUCUAUUCAGCUCACAACGGAUCAUAGCACGUCUGUGGCAGCGGAAGUGAAGAGGAUUAAGAAGCAACACCAGGAUGAUGCUUCUGCAGUAACAAAUGAAAGGGUGAAAGGUUCAUUGAAGGUGACCAGAGCUUUUGGGGCUGGAUAUCUCAAGCAGCCCAAAUGGAACAAUGCACUUCUAGAGGUGUUCAGAGUCGAUUACGUCGGAAACUCCCCAUACAUCACCUGCUCCCCGUCGCUCUACCACCACAGACUCAGCCCGAAAGACAGGUUUUUGAUACUAUCUUCUGAUGGACUCUAUCAGUACUUCACCAACGAAGAAGCUACAUCUGAAGUUGAGAUGUUCAUUUCUUCGUUUCCUGAGGGGGAUCCCGCGCAACAUCUUGUUGAAGAAGUACUAUUCCGAGCUGCAAAAAGAGCUGGUAUGGACUUCCACGAGUUACUUGACAUCCCACAAGGAGACCGGCGUAGAUACCAUGAUGAUGUAUCAAUAAUAAUUAUUUCUUUUGAAGGAAGAAUAUGGAGGUCAUCGGUGUAAAUAGGCAAUACAUAUUCAAAUACAAAGAUAGAGAAGAUAGACAUUUAGGAAAUACCCGUAAAUUCCCCUUUUUUUUCAAUCGUUUCGAGUCACAGUGAUUGCUAUUUCAUAUAUCUGGUUUGCAGCCAAUUUUGUUUAGGAUAGAACAGUUUUCGGGCUUCAUGUGGUCUUCCCGAAAGCCUUUUUGGUUACACAUGUGUGUGAUAACAAAUGACUCGCCAAUUUGGUCUGAUUCCAUUGAUUUGUUACCUCUGACAAUAAAUUGUCAGCUUGUAA